GUCGGUAGAUUAACACAGUGCUGAUAAUUGGUCUCACCCUAGCGGCAGAUAGUGGCAGUUAAGGGAAUCUUAUCAGUUGCCUAGUGUUCGCGUGACGAGACUGACGGACUACACGUCUUAUAAGCCGGUUCAGUGUCGAUUUAAUUAUAAAUAAUUAGUUCAAGUUAAUUAUUUAGUCAAUUAAUCAUGUGUUUGAGUGUGGAUAACUGCUGUUGCUGCUUUGGCCUGGAGCUUGGUGCUAAGAUCAUCGGCAUAUUAUACACUUUCCUGGCAGUAUGUGCGCUCCUGGUGUACGCUCCACUGGCGGCGCUGGGCGACCUGCCACAAAGCCGGCUCAUCUUCUACGUGACGCUCUCGCUGCUGGCCUUCGCCGAGAUAUUCAUUGGGGGACUGUUGAUACAUGCCUCGUUUAAGAGGAAGCCGCAGUUGAUGUGGCCGUGGCUGGUGCUGGCGUGGUGGAAGGGGCUGGUGCUGGUGGUGCUGACGGUGGCCGGCAUGGUGCUGCUCACCUUCAGCAGGAACAUCGACACCAUCGCAGAGGCCAGCGCUGUGAUAUCCGUGUACUUCGUCUAUUCAGCUCUCCUCUUAUACUUCGCGGUGGUGGUGAACAGCAGACGGCAAGAGCUGGUGCUGGAGAACUACUGGGCCAACAAGCACGUGCUGCAGCACGCCAAGACACAGUACUACUACGUAUAGACAGACACACCGACAGAGACUAUCGAAUCAUAGAUGUAAUUCAUUUAUAACUUAGUUUUUAAGGAUAUUAAAUUAUUUUUUUAUA